UUAGGCGAGAUUGUAAUGGAUAAAGAAGAUCCUGAUUAUGAGGAUGCAGAAUUAACUGCUGCAAUUCUAGAUCUUGAACCAGCAUUGUCUAAUGUCCUAUUAGGUAAUGAAAAAUUGGCAUGGAGAUAUGAUCAUUUUGUCAAAGGCAAGAAAAAGCAUCAGCUAUUAGCUUCUCAUGUUUCAGAAGGGCCAUUUAACCAAAGUGAAUUUGGUUUGAUAGCAAAAGUUUUAAGACAUUUGUAUGUGCCCGAUGUUGCAAAUGCCAUUGAUAAGAAAGAUAAUAUUGUCAAGCCUUCGGAAUUGAUCAAUUCUAUUAUGAAAUUAAAAAAUAAACAACAUCAGGAAGAACAAGACAAUCAACAAGAAAUAUCAUUACCAUCACUAUUAUCAUCAUCACAACAAUUCACAAUUCCUGUUUCCACUUCAU